AAUUUUAUAUUUCUUACACCUCGCACCUGCAAAACAACCCGUCUUCCCCUCGUACCGUAGUGGUUUUCUGAAGGAAAACAAUAAUAAAAAGCAGCAAAUUAACCCGGCUUCCUUGGUCCUCUGCUUCUUCACUCUCCAUCUCUGGUACGAAUCCCAAUCCGCACAGAAGCCGUUUUGCCGCGCAAAUACGCGACAUGGGUUCUUCUCUUCCUUCUGAUCUCUCUCGUCCUCAUCAACUUAUCGACCUCCGCAUCGCCGUCCGAUCCUCGUUGGGCAGCCAAGAAGCGACGCCUCAGAGAUAAAGUCCGUAAGGUGUGAGCAAACUCGAAUUUCACCUCCAACCGCUUGGUAUCCCAGAUGCAGUUUCCGUUUUUCUUCAAUGUUUGUAAAUUUAGCUUAAUGGGUAUCCGUAAUACUGAUCAGAAAUCUGGGGUUUAUAGCAAGAGUUUCUGGUUUUACUGAUUUGUUGGCUGAUUCUGUUGGUUUUUAUUCAUUAGUUCUUGUAGGUUUUCCACUUUCGUUUGUAUGAUGUUCAAACUGGUUUCUUGGUAAAAGUUUCACCGAUUCUCUUGGUGAACUUGGAAAUCUGAAGCUUGAAUACUUACCACAAGACUAUAGUGGAUCCGCUUUGACACUUAUAGAAUCGUUGUCCAGGUUUGACAGAUUAUGUCACAUAUACGCUUCUGUUAUUCUGUAAUCUAUGCUUUAAGUUAUUGCAACGUUAUCCUCAACUUUGGUGUUUUCUUCAUGCUAUAUCAUAUAAUUUGUCCUCCCGUCAUUCUGAUGCAAAAAAUUUCUCUCAGCCUUGUCAUUAUGGGUAACAACACUGAAUUUGAAAUUCAAUGUCAAUGCGAGGGUUCUCUUUUUCACUUGAUUGCUAAAUGGUACAAGGGCCAGAACGAUUCGCUUUCCCAAUCGCGCCGGCAGUUCCACGUCGAGCCAGGGCCCCGCGAGAAAGCUCUCUUGGCACCGGACCCGUCUUUAAAACGGUUCAAGUCGCAUAAGAAGGGCGUGGCUCUAGUUAAAAGACUUGGUGAUGUUCUUACCAUUGUUAUCGUUGCCGGCGCCUGCUAUGAAAUAUAUGUAAGAGCAGUAAUGCGAGAAGAGGCUAGGCAACAGGCUAAGGAACAGGCAGGGGCUUCGGGUGCAAGCGCAUAAUCAAGUGUGUGUGGGGGCGGAUUUCUUCUGGCAACCAUGUGGAAUGCGUCUAUAUGCUGAAUAAGUAGAAAACAGAUUAUCCUGAGCUGCUUUCGAAGUAUCUGUUUCUGAUCUGUAUUAGGUUUUGUUUCUUAAUAAGAUUGUCAAUUCUAUAAAAAUCGUAGAACAAGAUGAAUGCUGUUGAACACUCUUUGUGUUUUUGCAAUGAAUGUUUUGCUUAAUUUUAAA